CUUUCUCAGCAUUCUUAAGGAGGGAACAUCAAACUACUUGCUUUCCAAAGGAGAGGUCAAGUGGGUCUCUUGUGACAGGACAAGAGUUCAAAGCCUCUUGUGGCACUAAGGACUGGUGUAUGUUCCCCAGUCUACAAAGGCUUCUACCACAAUAGGUCCAUUAAUCUUUAAGCCAUUAAUCUACAACUAGCCCAUUUCCUCCGCGUGUCUGAGGCCACCAUGAGCUGGCAGAAUCUACUGGCGGAAUUUCUUCUAAUGACAGCCUCGGUAAAUUUCUCCUGCAAUGGUAAAGUGUUGGAGGAUGAAAAGCAGGUCACAGCAGCUCUGAAACCCCCCUUGUUCCUGCCAAGAACACCGUUUCCUAAGUUACAACCUGCUUCCAACCACCUAAUCACCACUCUUCAAGAAGCUCAGUCAGGAACCUCAGCUGUGAAGUCAAGUCAAGAAACGCCACUCGCUGUCAGCCAGCUAACGCAUUCAAUGCCAGAAGCUAAGAUAAACCCAGCAGAGCCAACACGAUCCGUCAACCAAACUGCUGUCCGCUUGCAGGUGAAAGCCACGAUCUCUCCUACGGUGACACCAGCAAACCUGGCCCAUCCAACCCAUCAAGCUGCAAUUCACACAGUGGUAAAAAUUACCACUAUGACAGAGAGGGCAGCUGUACGUUCUGAAGGACGAGCUGACCAGACGGGGACACACAGAGUUGUAAAUGUGGCAGCCACUACCUUGAAACCUGGACGACCAAAUGGCCGAAAAACAACCUUCCCCAUCCAGCCGGCAAGUGCAGAGAAUGAGAAUGUAUCUGAGACCACGGAGAAGCACCCAGUGCACCUGAGUCAACAGGUGACCCUGAAAAGAGCAAACAACGCAACGCACAAGAACAUGUCAGCGGUCACGGCAGCUCUUCUCUUGCCAACAGCUCCCACUGGCCCUACCCUAACCCCAAAACCUUCGCUAGCUGCGACGGGAGCUUAUCAUGUUUCUAAUGGGACUGCAGACUGCAUUAAAGCCCUCAUCGGCUUGACAAUGAUCGUCAAAAACAGAAACACAAGUAACGUAGAAUAUUUUAAUAUUGAUCCAAACACCACAACCUCAACAGGAAUUUGUGGAAUUCAACUGUCAACUUUAAACAUCUCAUUUCACAGUGGCUACGUACGCUUUACUUUCACAAAGAGUGGACAGAGAUACUAUGUCAGUAUGAUUGAAGCCAACUUAACAGUACCCUCUGAGCGUAUACAGUUCAGUGGAAUUAAAACUGGCCAGUUCUUUUCAGCUCCAGUGGGGAAUUGCUUUAAGUGCUUCAGCAAGCAAACCGUGGACUUGGCCAACAAUUUCCAACUGGCGGCUGUCAAUUCCCAACUUCAAGCCUUUGAUAUUGUUGACAACAAAUUUGGGAAAGAGGAAGAGUGCGUUCUUGACAGAAACAAGAAGCUGAUCCCUGUCACGGUUGCCCUCAGUCUCGCAGGGUUAUUUUUCAUUGUACUUGUCACCUGUGUGAUCUACAGAAGAAAACCAAACCGAGAAUAUGAUCGCAUCUGAAUCACAAAUUUUUCCCAAGAAUGUUUGCAGAAGCAUAUAAAAAGGUUGAGAAAAACAAAAGAUUCUACUUCUGUUUGUUUAUUUUGCAAAUAGGUUGUUGCAUAUUUCAAGGUGCUUUUAAAAUUUUUUCUAUAUGUAUAUCCUGCUUUCUACCUAAGCAUGAACUAGCAGUUACCUUGUUUUGAUUUUCUUUUGUUUUCUUUUUGUUUAGUUUUGUUUUUGGAAUAACAAUCUUUCAGCAUGGUACUUUUACUCGAUAAAAAAGUGAAGCAAACAGCAAUUUAAAUCAGGGACCUCCAACCUUUCUGGACCUAUGUUUAUAUUUGGGAAUUAGAGAAACUGCUGAAGGUAUCACUACAGAAUGCCUAAUCAGGGGAUUACCACUUUGGUGUCUACCAGUUUUGUCUAUGGCUCUUAUUCAGCAAAAAUGUUUGCUUUGUAUCUACCAGACACAGGAAAAUCUCUUCAAUAAGAGGAUGUUUGAUUCAGCUAACAACCUCUGGAGGAGUACAGCUAAUGCCCUCCUUAAACAUGUUUUGUUAAUGUCCAAUGGUUGCUUCAGUCCAACAGAUUUUACACAAAUAAAUUUUGUACUGGGAUAGUCUUUAACAUUUAC